AUGUCAGAAUCAGACUGCAAUGACCCAGAUACACUUCUUGAAAAAUUUGAGAGGCACUUAGAGCCCAGGUCAAACCACAGAAUUCAGAGAUACGAAUUCCAGGGCCUGAAACAAGCCCCACAAGAAACAAUAGACAAUUUCCUGUCAAGACUGAAAAACGUUGCAGAGAAAUGCAAAUUCAAAGACAGGGAGGAGAGAAUUAUAGACCAAUUAAUAUGGGGGUGUGCCCACAGAGAAGUGCAAAAAUCCCUCAUAGGUAAGGACGCUCUCCAGUUGGUAGAAGCAGUAGACACUGCAAGAGCAUACGAAGCCACUACCAAACAGAUGGCCUCACUUAACUUGCAAACAAGCCCACUAGGUAGCAGUGUAGUUACUGUAUCAAGGCACAGGACGCAAAACCACAAACAAAGAACAUGCCAGUACUGUGGUACAGAACAUGAAUUUAAUAACCGGAAAAAAUGUCCUGCAUUCGGUACACACUGCAAAGGAUGUGGAAAACUGAACCACUGGAAAAAAAUGUGUAGGGUAACAAAAUCCCAGAGAUACAAGCCCCAAUUUUCAAAGAGGAGCAGAAAUAGAAGGGAUAUACAUGAACAACAACAGGGACAAAGCACCUCAGAGGAGGAAUGCUUGGCAAUCGGCAUAAUAAAUGUGCAUGAGAUGAGAAAGGACGACCGGAAGAAAGAAGAUGAGGCAUACACGACAAUAAGAAUUGAAAAGAAGGCCGGAAGGAAAAGAACAAACAUAGACUUAUGGCUGAAGAUAGACACUGGGGCCCAGAGUAAUAUCUUACCUGUCAACCUCUACAAAAAGAUGUUCCCAGAACACAUAACAAAAGAGGAUAAAGUCAAACAAGGAAUCCUCACACCAAGUGAUGUAAUCCUCACUGCGUAUGGAGGAACCAGGAUUCCACAACUGGGUAAAACAACUAUCGCAGGGACACACAAAGGAAAAUUGAUUAAGUGUUCUUUUUAUGUCACAAGAACAGAAGGGCCAGCAAUUCUUGGACUCAAUACCUGCAAAAAGCUAAAGAUUGUAUCAAUCAAUGCUGAAGUGAAAGCAGCUCCAAGCAGAAUUGACAGUGAUAUGCCUAUCAAAGAUCGACCACAAAUCACAAACAAAGAGGAACUGAUAAGCAUGUACCCUGAAUGCUUUGACGACACAGUCGGGUGCUUUGUGAAAUGUCGAUAUCAUAUAACAGUCGACCCUAAUAUCAAACCAAUUGUCCACCCACCUCGCCGCGUCCCUCUAGAACUAAAAGAGAAGCUGAAGACAGAGUUGGACAAAAUGGAAAAAAAGGAAAUAAUCACCAAAGUGACACAGCCAACAGACUGGGUAAAUUCAAUAGUGAUCAAGGAAAAACCCAAUGGAACCCUACGGAUAUGCCUCGACCCAAGGGACUUGAACAAGGCAUUAAAAAGGGAGUACCAUCCAAUUCCAACCCUUGAAGAAAUCACACCAUCAUUGGCUGGAUCCAAAUUAUUCAGCAAACUGGGUGCCAGCAAUGGGUACUGGAAUAUAAAAAUAGACAAAGAGUCAUCCAUGCUCACUACCUUCAACACACCAUUUGGCAGAUAUCGGUUCAACCGACUCCCAUUUGGAUUGAAGGUGAGCCAAGAUGUUUUCCAGCGCCAAAUAGAUGAGACAUACCAAGGCUGCAAGGGAGCAAUUGGAAUAGCAGAUGACAUCCAAGUGCAUGGCAAGGAUGAGACCACACAUGACUUCAAUUUACAUGAAGCUAUGGAGAAAACCCGACAAGCAGGCAUCAAACUCAAUGCAGACAAGUGUAUAAUAAAAGAAAAGGAGUGCAAAUUCUUUGGAAUUAUAUACUCUGCAGAGGGAGUUAAGUCAGACCCCGCUAAAGUGGAAGCCAUCAGAGAUAUCAAAGAUCCUAAAGACAGGAAGGAACUCAGGAGCUUCCUGGGACUCAUCAACUACAUGGGAGCCUUCAUACCCAAGCUGGCCGAUCACACUGCAAAUCUCCGAGAGCUAAACAGAGAUGACGUAGAGUUUGAUUGGUGUGCUUCACACACACAGGAUUUCGAGGCAAUCAAAAAGCUCAUCAGUAAGGAGACAACUCUGCAAUACUAUGACAGACGGAAACCAGCAACACUCCAAGUCGAUGCUUCAAUGAGAGGAGUUGGCGCAGCACUGAUACAGGAAGGUAAACCCAUUGCAUUUGCCUCGAAAGCUCUCUCACCCACAGAGACAAGGUACGCGAAUAUUGAAAGGGAACUCCUGGCAGUAGUAUAUGGAUGCGAAAAGUUCCAUACAUACCUGUAUGGCAGGCACUUCAAUAUAGAAACAGACCAUCGGCCGCUAGAGCAAAUACAUAAGAAAAACCUCAUGAAAGCACCAGCCAGACUGCAAAGAUUACUGCUAAGGCUUCAAACAUAUGACUAUGAUAUCGGGUACAAGCCAGGAAAAGAAAUGAUAUUGGCGGAUGCUCUUUCCAGACUAUCCUCACAUGAUAAACAGGAGAUGGAAGGACUGAGCAUAAAGGUGCACCACAUUAUAAAUGUGACAACCACAAAGAUAGCGGAAAUCAAAGAGGAGACCAGCAAAGAUGAAGAACUUCAGCUCCUUACUCAGAUGGUGAUUCAGGGGUGGCCAGAAAAGAGACAUCAGGUGCAACCCCUGAUUCGUGAAUAUUGGGCCAUCCAUGAUGAUAUAUCAGUGGAGAAUGGGAUCCUGAUGGCUGGAUCCCGAAUCAUUAUACCCAAGUCAAUGCAAGAAGAGAUUCUUGACAGGAUCCACCAAGGGCAUCUAGGGAUGGAAAAGUGCAAGCUCCGAGCCAAGUCAGCAGUAUAUUGGGUAGGCAUGUACAAAGACAUAGAAAAGACAGUUUCUACAUGCCGCAUCUGCCAAAAGUACAGAACCUCACAACAAAAGGAGGAAAUGAUAGCUAGUGACAUCCCAAGAAGGCCAAGGCAAACUAUUGGAGUAGAUCUAUUCACAGAAGGCCAAGAAUGGUAUUUAAUAAUGGCCUGCUACUACUCUAAAUUUCCAUUUGUGAGAAAAGUGAAAGACCUGACAGCCAAAACAAUCACUACAGUGGCCCGAGGACUCCUAGCAGAGCAAGGAAUACCAGAGCAGAUCAUAUGUGACAAUGGAACCCAGUUCACGUCACAAGAAUUCAAAAAGCUAGCUGAAGAGUAUGGGUUCAAUAUCACAACAUCAUCUCCACACUACCCCAAAGGUCAUGGGUUUAUAGAAAGACAGGUGCAGACAGUGAAGAGAACACUAGUCAAAUGCCGAGAGACUAAGGAAGACCUACACCUGGCACUUAUGUCCCUACGAACGACUCCACUGAGAGCUAAUAUGAAAUCCCCAGCAGAAUUGCUGAAUGGCAGGAAGUAUAAAACUACCCUGCCAACUAAGAUUCAACCUCCUAUUGACCAGAAAGAAACAAGGGCCAAGCUAGCAGCCACUCAAGAACAAGCACAGAGGCAUUGCAACAAACAUACACAUUUACCUGAGAUGCUUGGAGGACAACAUGUGUAUACUCAAGAUCCCAUAACUAAAACAUGGAUCCCAGUAAAGGUUGUCAGUAGAGCUGAAACUCCAAGAUCAAAUAUGAUAGAAACAGAAUCUGGUAGGCAGCUGAAACAACAGGGCCCACAUCCGCCCAACACCAGAGCUGCCGAGGAAAACGUGUACAACACACCUCAGACACCGGUGCGAAGCAGAAGAUCCACCAGAUGGAGAAAGAACAUUCUGCCACCGGUUCGAUACCGCUAA